UUCAGUUGACCCCCAAAAAAUUAAAAUUCGCCUUCACCGAUUAUUCUCGUCGCCGCGCUCUUGAAAGCUUGAACUGAGAUACGAUUUUUUUUUCAGCGUUUAGGCGAAUUCACCGAGAGUUGCGGCUGGGAAUGGACGGUGACGGCGAGGAGUUGACUGCGCAGGAGACCGCUUUGUAUGACCGUCAAAUUAGGGUUUGGGGAGCUGAUGCUCAAAGAAGAUUAAGCAAAUCUCAUGUCUUAGUCUAUGGAAUGAAAGGAACUGUAGCUGAGUUUUGCAAGAAUAUUGUUCUGGCUGGAGUAGGUAGUCUGACUUUAGUAGAUGACCGGGUUGCCACUGAGGAAGUGCUUUCCUCGAAUUUUCUCAUCCCUCCUGAUGAGAAUGCGUAUAGUGGAAAGACCCUUGGUGAGCUUUGUUGUAAUUCACUUAAAGACUUCAACCCUAUGGUUCGUGUUUCCAUUGAGAAAGGUGAUUUGUCGAGUUUUGAUGUUGAAUUCUUCAGCAAAUUCGAUGUUGUUGUCGUCAGUUGUUGCUCGCUUUCAGCCAAAAAACUGGCUAAUGACAAAUGCAGAAAGCUAUCAAAACGUGUAGCAUUUUAUGCUGUUGACUGCAGGGAUUCUUGUGGUGAAAUUUUCGUCGAUUUGCAGGAUUAUAAAUAUUCAAAGAAAAAACAGGAUGAAACUGUUAAAUGUGACCUGAAAUAUCCAUCAUUCGAGGAUGCAUUAUCUGUACCUUGGAGGGCACUUCACAGGAGAAUGUCAAAGCUGUACUAUGCUAUGAGAGUAAUAGAAAAGUUUGAAGAGGCUGAGGGACGUAGCGCAGGGGAAGUUUCCAUUGCAGAUCUUUCUGGUGUUCUCAAACUGAAAAAGGAGAUUUGUACUGCACAAUCUCUCAAUGAAUCUCAUGUGCCUGAUACUCUUCUAGAAAGAUUGGUGACAAAUGCAAUAGAAUUUCCGCCUGUUUGUGCAAUUAUAGGGGGAAUCCUUGGACAGGAGGUUAUCAAAGCAAUUUCUGGGAAAGGAGACCCCCUAAAGAAUUUUUUCUUUUUUGAUGCUUUUGAUGGGAAGGGCAUUAUAGAAGACCUCUCUCCGAAGUGAUUAAUUAAUGGCCGAAGCUUUGGCAGUCUAAAGUAGGGAUGCAACCUUUUGCCAAAACAGCACAGAAAACUAGUAAAUUUCAAAAGAUCUCUAAAGAAAUUGACCCUUCUCCCUUAUUAACUGCUCAUAUAGCUUCCUAGUCUGUAUGUAUUUUAUCUAGACUAAUAACAGUUUAGGGUUAGGAUCUUCUCGUCAUGUAGUCACUAGACACACUCAUCAGCGUUCCUUUUGAUGUUAUGAAGCCCAAUUGUCCUUUUAUGUUUAUGUGGUGGUACUCUAUUGGGUACAUGUGGUUAUCAGUCUUUUUUAAUUAUGGAUUUACAUUAAACUCGCCGUACACAAUCAUUUGAUAAUGUAAGUUUUAUUAUAAUA